AGUAAAAAAUAGAAGUUAUAUCAGUUGGGCUUUAAUUAAACAUAAUGUAAUCUUAAAAUUAUUUAUACUUUAAAUAGAAUUUAUAAAAUUCCCUAAAAAUGGCAGAUAUUAAGCAAUUAAAGUAUUUGUUGGUACAAGUAAUGAUUUUGUUAUCAAUAAUAGCGAUAACAGGUCAUUUAUCUGGAAAUUAUUGGGAAAGAUACGUAAGACGGAGAGAAAUUUCACGAAUUAAAAGCAGUUUGAACUAUUUGAAAGACACUGUCACCAGAAUAGGAAGUACUUAUGAUAUCUUGCAUGAAGAAGUAGCCGGUCUUAGUAUAAAUCCAGCAGUGUAUGUAUCUUUCAAGGAAGCCAACAGUUCAGUGACAAAAAAUUUACAAGUAUUUUUUAUAGAAAAUUCAAGAAACGAUAAUUUUGAUUUUAGAGGAGAUGGGGAAAACCUUUACAUAAGUAGGCGAAAUAUUUGCAAUGCUACAACUAUAACGAAAUAUCCGUUGAAAGCCACAGGAGUCGGAGACUCUUUAGUUGAACGCCCAACAAAAACAGAAUGCAAACAUUCGAGCAAUGCAAAAAGUAAAAUUCAUAAAUGCCUUAAAGCUUAUAUAACCUGCACUAAUCGUGAUUACGUUUGACGAUUUUGAUCCUUAAAAUUAUAUACAUUGUUAUUUACUAAUUUAUUUAUAAUCUGGUGAUCUUUUAGCAGCAACCAGCUAUUCCUAACAUCAAUAUCCAACUCCUUAAGCAAGAGAAAACAUCUAUUUUGGGCCUUGGCACUACCUCCAGAGGCACCUCCUCUAUAUACUCUCUGCAUAGUGUGUUUAAAAGAAAGUAGAAACAAAUGGGUUCUUUUACAAAUUUCAAUCCAUUAAAAAAGUUUUAUUUUGACUCUUUAUUUCAAAGAGAGAUCCUCCCUGUACCCUAAACGCAGUUGCAAGUAGGGACUUAAUUGACACUAUAAUUUCAUUUAAUAUGUACCAUUCUGACAUAUACCUUUAAAAUGCAGUCUGAAUAAAAAUACUUGAC